AUGUCGUCGCCGACAGUGCCGACCAUUUCGGUAGCGGUCGCGGCCUCGCCUGAAGCUGCCGCAGCCAAGCCCACGGCAGCCUCAGCGACGCCAACAGUGGCUCCAGUGCCCUCAACGGUAGACCUGGCACAAGCAAUUGCCGAUUCGAUGACAGUUGCGUUGGCGCAGUACACCCACCGGUUGGCCCAGACCAUGGAGGAUGGUUUCCAGAAACUGUUGAGCCAGAUCUGCGCGUCCACCGCGUUUGCUGCUCCUGCUGGUGAUGCACCUGACGAAGAUGACCCAACAGCACCAACUCCAGCGCCGCCGCUCGCGAGUGCGCAGGCGGUGGCAGAACAACAUGCGCCAACAUCAGCCGAACGAGACAGACGAUCCGCGCUGCAGACACAGCCACAGCGGCAGUCCGGGCAACAAAAUCGGCCAUGUCAACGAACACGACGACAGCAGCCGCGGUCGCAGCAGCCGCACGACAGCCUCGACAGCAGUUAUAGCAACCAGGGCCCUAGCGGCCACACCGACAGCAGCAACAGCAAUACAACCGGCGUCCACCCAAGCGGGAGCGGCAAAGUGGCCGUUCUGGCCGAAGAAGAUGCCCAUGCCUGA